AUGUCAAAACUCUCGAGCAGCCUUGGAUUUGUAGUCCCGGCUAUCUCGACAUGCAAAUUUCUGGCGUACUUGACGGGGAUCUCUGAUAUCCUAAUACACGACCAGCAACUAUCUUCACCGUUAACGUCCUACUUUCGCCUUCAGGAAGGGGUCCAUCUUUUCCAAAGCGGGAUUGAUCCAUAUGAUGGGGGAUCGUUUCACCAUUCACCACUAUUGCUCGCGCUGUUUGAUACAGUGAUUCCGGCGUCGCGGCUAGCGGCGUACGUUCUCUGGUGUCUAUGCGAUGCACUUGCUGCCCUGACACUGGCAAAAAUAUGGCGGUCGCGACAGCGAGUCGCCCAAAGUUCCAGAGAUGCCCUGAUCGCUUCUAUUUAUCUAUUAAACCCGUACCUCUUAUUGCCGUCUCUCGCACUGUCGACGUCAACCAUUGACAACGCCUUCACCCUACUCUCCCUGAGCUACGCCUGCCAAGGUAAUGCCUCCGCAUCCCUUCUCUUGUUGGCGCUCCUGGUCCACAUGUCACCGUCGUCGAUCCUGAUUCUCGCGCCGGUCAUCCUUCUGCUCCUCAGCGACCCCCUCUCACAUUUGGCCUCCCCCAAACCAUUCCCGACACGGUUAAACCGCGCAAUCCCCCUCCUGUUUACCUUCAUAAUAUACAUGGGCGUCUUGGCGGUAGCGUCCUGCAUUGCUGCCGGUAACUUGCUGUGGAUUAGCCGGUCUUGGGGAUCAAAUUUGAUGCUCCCCGACUUGACACCCAAUCCAGGGAUGUGGUGGUACUUCUUCACGGAGAUGUUUGAUCAUUUCCGGCCCUUUUUCCUUAUGGUGUUCUCUGUCCAUCUACUGAUCUACAUCGCUCCAAUCUGCAUCAAAUUCCAGUAUGACCCUCUUUAUGCAGGCUUCCUCCUUCUGGGCGUAUUAGGCACCUUCAAGGCCUAUCCAACUCUAGCAGACCCAGGCCUGUUCCUUAGCAUGAUAUCCUUGUUCCCAGAAGUAUACCCAUACUUCCGCCACCCUAUUGUUACGGCGCUGCUUCACAUCCACUCCGCAUUGCUCCUCCCCCUCUUCAACCGCCUUUGGCUAACCCAAGGAACGGGCAAUGCAAAUUUCUUCUAUGCCUCAACUUUGGUUUUCGCCUGCUCGAACGGGGCAGCCCUGAUCGACUGUAUAUGGGCCGGAUUGAGGAUAGCGGUCGGAGAGGCCAAGGAAGGGGACCAUGUGGUGCAAGAGUAG